CCCUGGAGACGGCCGUGUAAGGCGGCGCCGCGCCAGCGUCGCCCCGCCGGACCAAAAGGCGCCGGAUCGGCACACUGUGAACUAGUGGACGAAACGGCAAAGUGACUCGUGACUUUUUUUUUCAAGUGCAAAUGGAAACAGUGACGAUGUCAGUGAACGCCACGGCGAGCCCGCUGCACCACCAGGCCCUACAGGUGCCGCGGCCGCCCCUCGGGCCUUGGAGUGGGCCGCCCCUCGAGUCGGCGGCCAACGCGUCGCCGCUGCAGCAGUCGCACUACAACUGGAGCCGGCACCCCGACAUGGACAUCAUCGAGGACGCCGGCGUGCAGGCCUUCUUCUUCAUCUGCUACACCACCAUCUUCGUGCUGGGCGUGUUCGGCAACGUGCUCGUCUGCUACGUGGUGGGCCGCAACCGCGCCAUGCAGACCGUCACCAACUUCUUCAUCACCAACCUGGCCCUGUCCGACAUCCUGCUCUGCAUCCUGGCCGUGCCCUUCACGCCGCUCUACUCGUUCCUCGGACAGUGGAUCUUCGGCAGCAUGCUGUGCCACCUGGUGGCCUACGCGCAGGGCACGAGCGUGUACAUCUCCACGCUCACGCUCACCUCCAUCGCCAUCGACCGCUUCUUCGUCAUCAUCUACCCGUUCCAUCCGCGGAUGCAGCUCACCUCCUGCGUGGUCAUCAUCUCGUCCAUCUGGCUCUUCUCCGUGGUCGUCACGCUGCCCUACGGGCUGUACAUGAACCACAAGGACGUGGACGGCCGCCUGUACUGCGAGGAGACGUGGCCGUCGGAGAACUUCAGACUGAUCUACGGCGUGCUGACGGCCGUGUUCCAGUUCCUGGUGCCCUUCGUCAUCAUCGCCUUCUGCUACGUGCGCGUGUCGCUCAAGCUGCGCGACCGCGCGCGCCUCAAGCCGGGCUGCAAGUCGAGCCGCAAGGAGGAGGCGGACCGCGAGCGCAAGCGCCGCACCAACCGCAUGCUCAUCGCCAUGGUGACCAUCUUCGGCGUGUCCUGGAUGCCGCUCAACGUCAUCAACCUGCUCAACGACGUGUACAUCCCCACGGGCAACUGGCGCUACUACCACCUCAGCUUCUUCAUGGUGCACGCCCUGGCCAUGUCGUCCACGUGCUACAACCCCUUCCUGUACGCCUGGCUCAACGACAACUUCCGCAAGGAGUUCAAGCAGGUGCUGCCGUGCUUCGACCCGUCGGCCGCGGCGGCGUGCGGACACGCGUGCGGCGGCACGUGCUACCACCACCACACCGGCACGGACGGCCUGGGCUGCCUGGAGGGCGGGCGCGGCGGCCAGGGCGGCGACCUGGCGCUGCCCUGCCCCGGCAGGCGGUCCAUCUCGUCGGCCGUGCGCACCAUGACCACCACGGACGACUGGGCCAACAACAAGUCGGCCAGCCACUCGCCGCCCACGCCCACCGCGGGGCCCAACAACCACCUGAAAUCUGAGUGUCACUCAGGAAAUUCCUGA